CAAAAGAAAGAGCUGAAAGGACACUCGUUUUGAUACCAUACGAGAGCGCUCUCGAUGGUGCUUCAAGACCAUUUCAAUGGAGCUGAAUCUUUUUGCAGAGGACGAAGUUGCAAGAGAGCCUCCUUCUCCUCACGAUCCCGGCAGGUCGCCAAGCAGGCGGUGGUUCAAGCGUUCAGGUCACGAUGUGCCAGCACAAGCGCCAAACUUGUCUGGAAUUGAUAUCACCCAUGCCUGGAUGGAGGUGUCGGAUGAUCCAUCCAUCCAGUGGCUUCGGAGCUUUCUUGCACAAUACAGGACCCUACAUGAGCCUGGUAGACGCUCGGCAGGACUCCAGGCCUCCACCGGAAGGGUCAUGGAUUUGGUAUGUCCAGAAGAAGCUCAACCAUGCAAAGAUUUCAUGAAGGACUUCCUGUUUCGCUUGCGAGAGCAAAAAGAGCAAGAAAGUCAGUCAGGAAGCUUUCAGGAAAAGCGGCAAAGUGGCAAAACAAAGCCUACCGCUCCAAAGGAGGAACGGCUCUGCAACAAGCGUCAAGAGAGAAAGUCCUUUUCGGAGACUGCUGGUAGUACGGAAUCGCCCGACGUGGCUGCAGCCGUUGCGCGUGCGAAGAGGAGAGCAUCUGAGGAGAAGCGCCGCCAGGCCAAGGCUGACGAAGCGGCAGCGAAGGCCUUGCAGCAGGAGGUGCGCACCCGCACGUCUCAGCGUCCAUUUCGGUGUGGAAAUGCGGGACUCCGGAGACUAGAGUUUUUGUUUUUGUUUGUUUGCGGCGGUCUCUCUUGUUACCAAAAUGGCACAUCCACACGUCAAAAGACAUUCAUCAAUGAGACAAAAAAGAAGAGAGGGAAGUUAGGGAGGGAAGGCAGAAGAAAGGAUUAGUGUUUGCAACUUCCGUCCUUGGCAGCGCUAUGGAAAGAGAGAUGAGCGGCUGGCACGCUUUCACGAUGAGAAAAAGGCGUCCAGAAAAACUGGAAACAUGACAAGCUUUGGUGCUGGGCUUGGCCUCAACUCAGAGCACUUAGAUUUAUUGUUGACAGAGGACCUGGAUCUAAUGUGAUACAGACUGCUGAUCGUUUGUGGAGCUGGACAAUGUGCCAGCGUCAUCCAGUGUUUCUGAA